AUGUGGUUGGGAAUACGUUCUUCACAUCCUUCACAUGUUGCAAUUCAACACACUGCAUUCGUCGCCUUUGAUGCAUGCCCCAAUCUCCUUCGCUACGCUGACACCUUCAUUGGAUGCACCGUGCAAAUAUCACGUCGAUCACCUGCCCUAGUCGGACGUACAUCGUAUUCCGUGAAAGCGGCAGUCGUGGACUACAUCACAUGCACGAAGUUUGGCCCAAGAGGCAUCAUUUUUCCCUCGCGUAAAACGACGGGAAAGCUUGGGAAUGUGACGAUCGAUGAUGGUGGCAUCAGCAGGAAAAGAGGUGCUGUAGAGCGCGAUCGUUGGAGAACGGGUGACACUGUGAGAGAAGCAUCUUUGUCGAGAGUACUCACCGAAAAGUUACCCCCUCUCCCAACUGCCGCGUUCCUAAGAAUGGUCCGUCUGAGUAUCCAUACAGAACAUCUCAUGCGGCGGCAUCGGCGAGAAAUAGAUGCAAAGUUCUACUUGGUCGAGGAGGUAUCUCAUCCUCGACCGCAAUCUGCAGAAUCGACUCGCGUGGAAUUUUUGGACGAUGGUGUUCCCCCAACGAAGGGCUUUGACGGCGAAGAUGUGCGAGGACAAAAGCGACCAAGUGCUUCAAUGAACGCAUUCGCGGCGUCUGUCGUUCCCAAGCUUGAAAGCUGUUCUAGAUGUCUCCCGGACGAGCAUCCGAAGCGCAGGACGCCAGACUGGAAAUCUCUGUGA